AUGACAACAGACGCAAGCACAGCGGAGCCUCCUCCCGCCCGCCCCCAGCGCACCCUCGCCGGCCGCGUCGCAAUCGUCACUGGCGCCGGCGCAGUAGGAGACGGGAUCGGCAACGGCCGCGCAGCAGCAAUACUCCUCGCAGAAGACCACAGCGCGGUAGUUUGCGUUGACCGCGAUCUCGCCCUCGCACAACGCACCGUCGACAUGAUCCUUGAGGACAACCCGUCCGCCCAGGCAAUGGCCAUCCAAGCAGACGUGACAGUGCCUGCAGACUGCGAGAAGGUAGUAGAGACAGCGGUGUCCAGCUAUGGACGGGUCGACAUUUUAUUCAACUGCGUUGGGGUGGGCGGUCCGAAGGGCACAGCCGUGGAGGUGGACAUUGCUGCGUGGACGGCAGGGCUGAACACCAACGUGACGAGCAUGGUGCUGAUGGCCAAGUAUGCGAUUCCAGCGAUGGCGCGGAACGACAACGCGCGGGGAUAUCGCGGCAGUAUUGUCAACAUGGGGUCUGUGGCGGGACUACAGGGGGGAACUCCGCACUUGCUCUAUCCAACGAGUAAGGGGGCAAUUGUUAAUAUGACGCGCGCGCAAGCGGCGCAGCAUGCGCGGGAUGGGGUCCGUGUUAACUGUGUUUGUCCCGGGAUGGUGUAUACGCCGAUGAUGUAUGCGGGGGGUAUGAGCGAGGAGGCGAGGCAAGCGAGGCGGAAUCGCAGCUUGUUGAAGACGGAGGGGACGGCUUGGGAUGUGGGCUGUGCGGUGCGGUUUUUGGCGGGCGAUGAGGCGCGCUGGAUGACUGGGGUGGUGUUGCCUGUUGAUGGGGGAACGACGGCUGCGACGGCGGAGUUACCCAAGGGGUCGAGUGUGAGUGAAUAG